UGCUCCUCCUGCUCCUCCUGCUCCUCUCUGACUGGUUGUGCUUCAGGCUUCUAUCUCCAGAUCCAGAUCGGUCGUCUGGAGCCUUUCUGGGUUGAUGACCGACUCCAGGUGAAGGAGGGUCCGUGUGUGGACUUGAUCUUCACAGCCACAGACUCAGAGAUCCUGUUGAUCCUUCACUCAGAGGACUGCACCAUGCCGACCGGCAGGAGCAAGAAGAAGAGGCCGAAGAAGGAGGUGAACGACGGAGAGGAGCCGGGAGAAGAUCUCCUGUGUUCUACUGGGUUCUCCAUUGUUCUCCUGUGAUCUCCUGUGAUCUCCUGUGUUCUACUGUGUUCUCCUGUGUUCUCCUGUGUUAUACUGUGUUCUCCUGUGUUCUCCUUUGUUCUCCUUUGUUCUCCUGUGAUCUCCUCUGAUCUCCUGUGUUAUCCUUUGUUCUACUGUGAUCUCCUGUGUUCUACUGUGUUCUCCUGUGUUCUCGUUUGUUCUCCUGUGAUCUCCUGUGUUAUCCUUUGUUCUACUGUGAUCUCCUGUGUUCUACUGUGUUCUCCUGUGUUCUCGUUUGUUCUCCUGUGAUCUCCUGUGUUCUACUGGGUUCUCCAUUGUUCUGCUGUGAUCUCCUUUGAUCUCCUGUGUUCUACUGUGUUCUCCUGUGUUCUCCUGUGUUCGCCUGUGUGCUACUGUGUUCUCCUGUCUUCUUGUUCAGUGGGUGCGGAGGUGGAGAUGGAGGAGCUGACCACCAGGAGUCGCUCUGAGAGCAGAGACCAUCUGACCCCAGAGCCUCAGGAGCCAGCACCACAGAAGAAGAAGAAGAAGAAGAAGGCGCUGACGAUCGACCUGGAAGCAGAACAAGACGUUCCAAACGGUGACAUGGUGGAGUCCCCCAUGGACGGAGAGGAGAUGACUGCUGCUGUGACCAGAAAGACCAAAAGGAAAAGGAAGCCGAAGGCGGCGGAGCACUACACCGACGACGUCGGAGCUGAAGAUGACGACAUCAUCACAGACGCCCAGUCACCCAUCCCCCAGCAUUCCCUGUUCUCCGCCCCCCACAGCCACAGCCAGCCGCUCGGCAAAGUCUUCGUGGAGCGGAACCGGCGUUUCCAGGCGGAGCGGGUGGAGCAGUUCCGACACCCGGAGCUGAUGGACGACUACACAGACCCCAGACAGUUCUGGACCACCAGAGACGUCGCUUUGAGGGUCCACAGCGGCUUCAGGGUGAUGGGUCUGUUCUCCCACGGCUUCCUGGCGGGCUACGCGGUGUGGAACAUCAUCGUUGUGUACGUGUUGGCGGGCGAACAGAUGACCACGCUGCCCAACCUGCUGCAGCAGUACCACCCACUGGCCUACCCCGCCCAGUCCCUGCUCUACCUGCUGCUGGCCAUCAGCACUGUGUCGGCGUUUGAUAGAGUGAACCUGGCCAAGGCCUCGAUGGCUCUGAGAGGAUUCCUCACACUCGACCCUGCUGCUCUGGCCUCGUUCUUAUACUUUAUCGCCCUGAUCCUGUCCCUCAGUCAACAGAUGACCAGUGACCGUAUCAACCUUUAUCCUUCAGCCAACGAGACUCUGUGGCCUCCAGGUUCAGAGGAGCAGAUCCUGCGGCCGUGGAUGGUGGUGAACCUGGUGGUGGCGCUGUUGGUGGGCUUGGCCUGGGCCGUCAUUUCCACACGACCGGAUAUCGACUACACAGAAGAGUUCUUGAUGACGAUGGAGGUGGAGGGUUCCUCGAGAGGAGAGGAGAACUUGGACGUUUCUGCCUGAUUCACUUAGUUUCUUUUUCUUCUGUGUUUCAUGUUUGUUUUUGUACAGUUCCUCGCAUAGUGCAUUGUGUUGAGUCAUUUUGUAAUUAAAGAAAUAUUGCUCAUGUUCA